CAAUAAACACGUCCAAGUAGUGCGACUUUGUUUCAUAUGUGUCGGUCUGGGUGCAUGCAGAACUCCUUAGAUGGGCGGGCCCGUUCCUAUCUGACAGGAUUGCUUGCUCAGCGUGUUUGUUAAGCACGUUCCUUUUGUGACACUCGAUUUUAAAGGGAUUUCAUAUUCUAGCAAAAGUUGAUGCUUCUUUCUUUGCUAGCGUGUGUAUUCUAAACUCGUACAGAGAAACGGAUGGUUAUGAUGGAUACGUUUAUACAGUUCACAAACCAGAGCCAGGGAAGGGAUCGUAUUUUCAGAGCAACGCAGUAUGCAUGUGCUUUUGUGAAAUAUUUACUGCGGAAUAAGUCCGCAAGAAAAGAACUACUGAAGAAGCUCCAAGCUCUAGAGUCCAACAUGAGCUCUGGAAGGAAAUUGUUCCGCCUUGGAAACACUGUGAGCUCCGUCCACGCGGCCAGAAGAACCAUGCAGCUCUCAGACCCAGUGCUACGCUUUUGCCUUACCAUUUCCAACCUCAACCGCGCCCUCUAUUUCAUCUGCGACAAUGUGUUGUGGGCAAGGAACGUAGGGCUCGUGCAUAACCUAGACAAGGAACGCUGGAGCUUUAACGCCUCGCGGUUGUACUUCUUUUCUUUGGUCAUGAGUCUCACGCGCGAUGCCUAUGUCAUCGCGCAGAUCAUGGUGAAGAAAACACGAGACAGGCAGUACCAGCAGAAAGCCCAGCAACACCUUAACGAGCACCAGGAUGUGGCUUGUGUGAUCAUUCCGGAGCUUGAUGCUUUUUUCUUCCUGUUAUACGAGAGCCUGAAAACCCACCCCCAAGUUGUUCUUGACACACUGAAGAAUGUGUGCGACCUUUUCAUACCAAUGGACCGGCUGGGUAUAUACCAGACCAAUGCUGGUGUGGUUGGGUUUUGUGGUCUUAUGUCUUCCCUUUUGGGUAUACUGUCAGUCCUGAAGCCUGGUUUGAGAAUGAACCCUUGACCGCAUGCCUGGUGGGCAUAACACUGGGAUUUGUAGUCAUAACACUGGAUUAACAAGCAUAAACCUUUCGGGUUAUAACUAAUUUCUGUCUUUCUCUGUAUCUCAGGUCUGCUGUAGUGCAGUCUUGCAGUAGCUCCAGUGGACUCAACCAAUAGAGAGGAAAUCGUGGAAUUCUAUGUAUUUGCAGGGCUUUAGUGCUCAGAAGGUAGUGAUUCCUAGCCUUGCCAGUUUUAUGUAGCUUCCAGACUGGGAAAUGGUCAUCUGUAACUAGAAGAUGAGAAGAGUACGGACAUAAUGGGAACAUAUACUGAAACCUGCAACUGUGAAACUUUAUUUUCAGAGACUGUUCCGUAGAGCUGGGGUUCCCAAACCCUUUCAUCUAACUCUCUGUGUGAGGACCCCUCUCCUUAAUGAAAUGGGUAUAUUUGUAUGUAUUUUUACACUCUCAACUUCCAUGGAAACACGUCACUGUAUGAAGAUUUAUAUAUGACGUUGCUCCUUAGUGCAAUAUAAAUAUUGAAUAAUUUUGAUGAUCACAGUAUUACCAAUGGGUAAGCUAACAAGGGUGAUUUUGGCUUCUUGUUUUGGAUUCAGUGACCCUGUGUGGUUCUGUGAGUACGUACCUGGACUUCAACAGUUUUUUGAUGAGUAACUCAUGCACUGAGGCAAAGCAAACACAGUACUCUUAAAGGGAAAUGUUCCUCAUCAAGAAGUGUAAAGGAACCCCAUGUACUUCUUUAUAGAACCCCACAGGGUUCCGGGACCCAAAUUUGGGAACCUUGCUCUCGGUGCAGCACAAUGUGUCAUUUACAUAAAUGUACAGGGCUAUUCAGCACAGAUUCUACCUCCAUAUAUGACAGCAUAUCUUUUAUUCAUCAGCAAUAUCAACUACGGUACCAGGGUUUGAGCACUACAACAAGAAAACACCUUGAGUUAAUGCACUGUAUGCCUAACACAGUUUACAUGUAAGCUGAUUACAUGAGUAAUGUGUUAUAAUCGGGAUGUUCACUAUUGAGUGACGCCUGUUCUUGAUUUGUUAAAAACAGAUUUUUCCAUGUCAGAUUAACAUGUGAUGCAGUAAUGUACAUGUGCACUGCUCAAAAUAAUAAACACCUAUGCAAGUGAACAGCACAAAGAUA